GACAGCAAGAUCGCAUGUUGGUUCACGCAACUCCCCAACAGCUGGGAUGUCCCAAGCUGACAAUCCACAGCAAUGCACAUCAGAUUGUGAAACAUCAGAAAUCGUCGUGCUCAUCGACUGACGCUGGCAACACAUGCCAUUCAGGUUGCUAUGCGCCGCAUGGCACUCGCGAGAGACGAGGAGAUCGGGAAACGCGAUGACGACUUCUUCCGCCCGAGGCGAUCGCAUUCACCACCGGCCACGAUGGCGGCGACCUUUCCAUUGAGAUGGAGGAGACGGAGAGUGAUGGUGGUACUGGGAGUGCUGUUCUUGGUCUACAUCGUUCAUUUGUACGUCCCAGGAGGAUUAGGUGCUGGAUACCAAACAGAGAGCUUCCACCCGAAGCCAGCACGCACCUUUGCAGGAUACGAUACCGCUAAAUCAAGAGAGCCAAAGGGCGCUCCGCCUCGGGACGUGGACAGUGUGGAAGAUGAGCAGUCUCAACACUACUACAAUGGAGUUACCAGGUUCUACCGACUAGGCGGCUCACUACAGAAGGUUUCGAAGGCAAUGGGCUCAUACCACCACAAUCGCAAUGUGUUGUUCGCAGCAGCUUCAAUGAAGAGUCUCGCCAACCUCGUGCCCAUGGCAUGUGAAAUGGCUGGAAAAGAGAGGAAUGAGGUACAGUUUGCAGUAUUUGGACGGAGCCCCCUUCCACUCGACGACAUUCAAGAGCUGAAUGGCAUCGAUGGGAGUUGCACCAUCCAGUGGCACGAUGCGCGAGGAGACUAUGCGGAAUACAGCAGUGACUCGCGGGUCGAGUCAGCUGUGAGAGGAGCCAUGAAGCACAUUCAGGAAUACAUGCACCCUCAGGUUGUGAUUAUGGACGAUGGCGCACAAGAGGAGGCAUAUUUCACGAAAGCGAUGCACGCGAAGACAAAGGACCUGGGCAUACCGUUGGUCGAGAUACCACGCGGGAAAUACGAGGAAUGGCUGUGGCUGACGAGGCUCAGCGCCGCCAGUCUGGCUCAAUGGUGGAAGCCAACGAUUGACAUCGUGAUCCAGGCCCCGCGCGAAAGCUCUGGCCGACUUAUACGUCUGCUGCAAAGUCUUUACAAUGCAGACUAUCGCGGGCUCAAAGUGCCGAGAAUCAGCAUCGAGCUACCCCCUGAGGUCGAACCCGCACUUCAAAAGUAUUUGAACACCUUCUCUUGGCCACCAGGGAGAGAUUCUUCGCUGCAGCCAAACUUACUUACAGUGCACCAUCGUAUUCCAUCGGAGCUUAUGAGUCCGCAACAGGCGUCAUUGCGCUACGUCGAAUCCUUCUAUCCAGCCCAGACUAACGAUCAUCAUGUCCUGCUUGUGUCCCCACAAGUCGAGGUCAGUUCCGUAUAUUACCAAUACUUGCAAUAUGCCCUCCUCAACUACAGAUACGCUGGAUCCACCUUCACAGCACUGGAAGAGCUUGGUGGGAUCUCACUGGACGUUCCACUUCAAUGUCUCAAUGGAUCGACGGGGUUUCAGCAGCCGAAAGUGUCCGAUAUGGGCGCUGACAAGAUCACGGGGCCGGUGAAAGCUGACGAUGAUGAUCCCGCUCCAUUCUUGUACCAAGCUCCAACUUCAAAAGCUACGCUCGUGUUCGGCGAUAAGUGGGCAACUUUCCACAAUUUUCUGACAAACCGCCUGGAGGCUUCGCAUUCCGGGAAGGCGAAGAAGAAUGCCAAAUUGGUUGCUGAGACGGAGCCGGCUUGGGCGGAAUACUUAUUGGAGCUGAUGCGCGCUCGCAAUUUAUAUGUACUGCAUCCACCCACAACCUUUGCCGCAAUACACAAUGAGCUGGCACAGAUACCUGAAGAGUACUUACGAACAGGAGCCGACUCGCACAAGGCUGCGUCUUCGGAACCAGAGCACAUCGACGAUUCCUUCAUCUUGUCCGCAGAGCAACCUGUGUUGACGGAACAUGACGAAGCUGAGCCUGAACGUAACCAGAUGCCGCUGCACAAGACGCUUCCGUUCCAAGGAGAGCUUCCGGGUGUCUACCAAUUGCCCUUUGUUGGAUACAAUGGGGAGGUCGCCACAUCGUAUGCCCUGUCCGAGCUUAGUGAAGAGUACGUGCAGAAUUUCCGCAAGACCAUCGGAGGGUGCAUGGGUGACUCUAUCACUCGAGCACGGGAGAUCGAGCCUCUGAGAACAGACGAUUUGUUCUGCUUACCUGGCCAAGCAAUCAUGUACGCGGAGCAGACUGUACCUCACUUCGACCCCUACGAAGAAGACGAGGAGAGCGCAUUAAACAUUGCUGAAGAGAGCGACGCGGACGAAGAAGACGAGCUUGAGCCAGCAAAGGUCGGCGCUGAUGCAGCAAGCAAACAGCCGAAGUUGAUCAUUCCGAGUAGCACCGCUGGAACGAAGGGCGAGGCACUGGAUGCUUCGUGAGCUCGGUGCAGGCUUUGGUAGAGACACAACGAAUUGAGAACCUCUCCAUAAGGCACACUGGGAAUGAGUCUGGCCAUCUGAUUCAAUACUGUGACUUGUCGGGCGCUCUCGGUGAUCGUGGGUUCCAGCCUAGGAAGGUUCUUCAACUUUUCUGGUUGCCGCGCACGCCUUCGCGGCUUGAAGCCCUUCAAUCGUCAGGAUAUUUGCCUUUGCAGUAGAAUAAGCAGGCAGUUCCUUUAAAGUUGAGACGGACUGGAGGCCGGACGGGACCUGCAUGCAGACGGCAGGAAACGCCCGCCCGGUGACGAUAGCCAAGAUUCCGCAGAGCAUCCGAUGCAUCACAACAUCACAAUCGUUACUAGCAUCGAUCUCAUCGACGUGAUCAUUGGGAAAUCCAGCCACGCCCGUGGAACUCUUUCA